AUGUGGCUCAUCUCAGCUUUGUUCUCCGCGGUCGUGCUGGGUGUCGUACCUGCAGCGAGUGCGAAGACAUGUCAGGUACCCGAUGGCAGCUUCGACUUCGUCGUUAUUGGAGGCGGAACAGCCGGCCUUGCACUUGCCACAAGACUCAGCGAUGCUCUUCCAAGCCAUUGUAUUCUAGUCAUCGAAGCUGGACCGGAUGGACGCGAGGAGCAACGAAUCUAUAUCCCUGGACUGAGAGGCUCGACCUUCGGUUCCUCGUACGAUUGGAGCCUUCCAACUGUGCCACAGGCUGAGGCAAACAACCGGACCAUAGGCCAUAACCGCGGCAAGGUCCUUGGUGGUACUUCAGCCCUGAACCUGCUUGUUUGGAACCGUGCCACUGUCAAGGAAUACGAUGCUUGGGAAGAGCUCGGGAACCCAGGUUGGAACUGGCAAAACAUGUUUCCAAGCAUGCAGAAAGCGGAAAACUUCCAACGACAGAAUGGCUCCCCACAGUACGGCGUCGAUGGUGUUGGAUAUGGAGGCCCGAUCCAAGUCGCUCUAACUGAGAAUCCGCCGCCCCAACUUCAGGCUUGUAUCCCAACGUUGACCAAUCUUGGCGUGCAAGAGAACCUCGAAUCGUUGAAUGGAACGAAUCUUGGCGUCAUGUAUCAACCGGCUACCUAUCGCAUAUCCAAUCACACGCGCUCCUAUUCCGUGGACUAUCUUCCAGAAGCUGGCGACAACCUAGUUUUCAUGUUCAACACUACCGUCCAAAAGAUACAAGUCGAUGAGGAUGGGUCAAAGGCGACUGGCGUCAUUCUCAUGGACGGCACAUUGAUCCAAGCCAGGAGCGAGGUAGUUGUUUCGGCUGGGAGCCUACUUUCUCCAAAGAUUUUGGAGCUUUCUGGGAUAGGCCAGAAGUCCGUGUUGGAAAACGCCGGUGUCCAGCAGAUCAUUGAUCUUCCCGGGGUUGGAGAGAACUUACAGGAUCAUCUCCGCAUCCAGACGACGUAUGAGCUCAAACCCGACAUUCUCGGAGUGGAUAUCCUAAAGUAUAACACGACGUUGGCGGCCAGUGAAUUGGAGCUGUGGAAGCGCGGCCGUACUUCGCUCUACCAAUAUGCCGGAAGCUGCUACGGCUUCGUGAAGUGGAAGCAGGCUCUUGGUGACGACAGCAAGCUCAUCCAGCUGGCAACGCAGUCCGCGAACAAGUCGAAUGCUGUUGACCGAAAGAAGCUUGAACUACUCACUGGUCCGGACUCCGAAGCACCAGAUCUGGAGGUCGUCUUCAGUGACGGUUAUAUUGGAACAACCGGCUACCCCAAGAAUGGCACAGCUGGCUACGGUAAGCAGUAUGCAACGCUUCUGGCUGGUGUACAGCACCCGCUUUCUAGGGGAUCAGUCCACAUCAACGGAUCCGAUCCAACCAACAAGCCCCUCAUCGAUCCGAGGUAUCUUGGUACGCCGUACGAUCUAGAGGCUUUGAUUCAGGCCGCGAAGUACACACGAAAGAUGGCCAUGACCGCGCCCUUCAAAGAUGUGUGGGUAUCCGAGUUCGAUCCUGGCAUGAGCACCGAAACAGACGCAGAGUGGGAUACGUACAUCAGGAACAACGUCUUCACUUUCUACCACCCACUAGGAACCUGCGCGAUGUUGCCGAAGGAGGACGGUGGUGUGGUCGACCCCCAACUGAGGGUUUACGGCGUAGAUAAUCUCAGGGUAGUGGACGCGAGCGUCAUUCCGAUGAUCAUCUCGGCACAUAUCCAAACAGCCAUUUACGGCAUUGCGGAGAGAGCUGCAGAGAUGAUAGCGACGAAGUACCGCUGA